AAAAUUGUAGGUCUGCAUAUUAUUUUAGACAACGAUGACACUGAUCCAAUGAUAAGAGGUCAGAUAACGAAUAUAAACAUCGAAAGUUUUUUUUUCGCGUUUUUUAAUACUUGAUACGCACUCUUUUCAAUAACUUUAAGGAAAUAAGUUUAUAAAGAUUCAAGUAUAAUAAGAAUAAAGUAAUAAGUAAUAAAUCUAUUUACUAUUAGCUUUGCUGAAAAUAUCGUAAAAAAUUUAAGCGAUGGAGCCAACGUCGACCAAUUCUGCUAGUACGAACAAUGAUAGCCUCAGAAAAUCUCAGUCCAACUCUAGAGUUAUUAAAGAUAGUAAUUCCGUAUUAAACAGAUUAAAAAGUGAACUCAAGCAAUUGAUGUUUUCACAACCACCCGGGGUUUCAGCUUUCCCUGAUACGGACAAUUUGUUCAAUUGGGUAGGAUCAAUAGUGGGACCAGAGGGAACAAUUUAUGAAGGUCUAACUUAUAAGAUCACUAUGAAGUUUCCGUCAGAUUAUCCCUUUUCUGCUCCAUGUGUUCUAUUUCAAACACACUGUUAUCAUCCAAAUGUAGACGAAUACGGUAACAUUUGCUUAGAUAUUCUCAAGGAUAAAUGGUCAGCUAUUUAUAAUGUAACAAGUAUUCUUGUUUCUUUACAAAGUCUUCUCGGAGAACCCAACAUUGAUAGUCCAUUAAAUACAGAAGCUGCAGAACUUUGGGCCAAACCAGAAGUAUACAAGAAACAAGUUAUGAAAUGGUUUAGAGAAUCAAAUAAUAAGAUGUAGGGAUUCUACGAAUAAGAACCGAUAACGAAGAGGU